AUCAACCAUGAGACUGCUCCUUGUUUUGCCUUUCCUUGCACUUCACCUGCUCUGCACUCAGGGUGCCAAAAUAACAAUAAUAGAUGGAGAGAUAGCUAAUCCACAUUCCAGACCGUACAUGGCUCUGAUAAAGUUUGAAACAAGCUAUGGAGAAAGUAUAUGUGGAGGAAGUCUAAUUCAUCCCAGAUGGGUGCUCACUGCGGGUCACUGUCAAAUGCUUGGGAGUGUUGUAACUGUUAUUCUUGGUGCUCAUGACAUGGACAAAUAUGAGAAACAGAAGCAGAUGUUUCGUUCUCCCAAGAGUUUUACGCACCCUCGCUAUAACAACAGCAAAUAUUUUAAUGAUCUUAAACUAUAUAAGUUACCUCGUGCAGCCAAGCUGGGAAAAGGUGUUCAGCUUCUACCUCUGCCAAAACCAUCUAACGACCUACAGGAGGGGACUGUAUGUGAAACAGCAGGAUGGGGGAAGACUAAAAAAGAUGAUGAAUCACAAUAUCUACUGGAAGUUAAUGUCACCGUCCUAAGCAGAGAGACAUGUGCUGAUCGUUAUAUAAGGCUUGAGAUGGAAAUAACAGAAAAUAUGAUGUGCACCAGUGUGGGACCUGGAGGACAGGAUACAUGUACUGGAGAUUCAGGUGGUCCUUUAAUCUGCAAUGGAGUCUUGUCAGGAGUGACAUCAUUUGGACCAAAAAAAUGUGGACAACCUAACAAGGCCUCCGUGUUCACUCGCCUGACCCAGGAAUACAUCGACUGGAUACAAAGCAAAAUCAACAGCACUAAACUCACUUAAUAAAUCAUGUGUUGUUUCUUCUACCAUUACACCGCCAUUUUUGUAAAAGCUUUAU